AAAUGACUCAAAACGUCAAAUUUUGAAUGCAAAAUAAAUUGUAAAUUAUUUUACAAAAACUAAGAAAAAAUGGAUUUCGAAAUAGGAAAUGAAAUGACUUUAACUCCACCAGAAAAAAAAAGCUACUGAAAUUGUUGUGUCACGAAAUGUAUUGUCAGAAAACCAAAAAAAUUGUAUGUGGUAGCGUCUGAAUCUCCAUUAUAUGAGUCAAAGAAAAAACAUAAAAUCGUAUUCGGAUUCUACAAAUCCUCAACCUCAACACUAAGGGACCCAUUAUUCAUUGCUUAGAAGUACUAUCCAAUAUACAUCAAGAAAUAAAUAUAAAAAAUUAUACGAAACUACCAAAGUUAUUAAAGCAAAAAAGUGAUGGUAUUCAACCAAAAAAAGCGCUUUUAAUGGGAGCACAAAUAGGGAUCGGCUCGAGUUGGUCUUCUCCUGUAAUUCCUAAGCUCCAAACCAUAUCAGAUGACAAUCCAUUUAAUCAACUUGUAACAAUCUCACAAUUAUCAUGGAUGACUUCCUUAGUAACAUUAGGAGCAUGUUUGGGAUGCUGUAUUUUUGGCUGUAUAGCACAUACAAUUGGAAGAAGAUUUGCAAUGUGUACUCUUAGUCUUCCUAUGGCAUUGGGUUACAUUCUAAUGCUACUAUUUCCAAAGAUUGAAGUGUACUAUGUUGCGAGAUGUUUAACAGGAUUAACUAUUGGAGGCGCUCAAAUUACCACAACGACUUAUACUAGUGAGAUAACUAGUAAAGAAAACAGAGGUGUUCUUAUAACUCUUACUUCAAUGAUGGUAGGUAUAGGAAAUAUAUUUUGUUACAGCGUUGGACCGUGGGUAAAAGUAAAUACAUUUAACUUAAUUCUAGCUACAUUUCCUAUUAUUUCUACUAUCUUAGCCAUAUUAUUCUGUGUGGAAACACCUUACUUCUAUCUUCUACAAAAUAAAAUAGAUCUAGCAAAAACAUCGUUAAUCGCUUACAGAGAUACAAAUUUCAAAAUUGAUGAAGAAAUCACUAAAAUUGCAGAAAACAUAAAAGAACAGCAAAAGGGGAACUUACUAGAAGUGAUAAAAACAAAGAUAUUUUUAAAAUGCUUCAUAAUAGCAACAUUUUUGUUAAUCUUCCAACAAUUUACUGGAAUAGACCCAAUAAUAAUGUAUAGUCAAUCUAUUUUUGAAUCUACUGGCUCUUACAUGUCUUCCGCUAUUUGCUCCAUCAUCUUUGGAGCUGUACAGAUUCUCUCAGGUGCCAUAGCUCCUCUAGCAACUAUGAGAUUUAAUAGAAAAACUCUUCUCGUGGCAUCAUCAUUAGGAGUGAUCUUAUCAGAAACAAUUUUAGGUACUUAUUGUAUUUUAAAGGAUUCUGGAUCAAAUGUUAAUUCUUUCAACUUCGUCCCUAUUUCUACAUUGUGUUUUUUCAUGUUAAGCUUUAAUUUUGCUAUAGGACCUCUCUGUUGGUUAGUCGCUAGUGAAGUUUAUUCCACUAGAGUUAGGCCUUUAGCUAUGGCCUCUUCAAUUGUUAUCUUUAAUGGUGUUGGGUUUUUUAUUACUCAAUAUUUUAAUUAUGUCGCUGAAAUGAUAGGAAUAGGCCCAAUAUUUAUUAUUUUUGCAGGAUUGUGUUUACUAUGUAUCUUAUUUGUUCACUUGUAUGUUAUUGAAACUAAAGACAAAUCGUUAGAAGAAAUUCAACACAUUUUAAGACAUUAG